CCGAAAUGCGGUCUAGAAACAGCUGUUCAGUUAAUGACUUCAAAACAUUUGAAUUUUGGUCCAGUUCGUAUACCUACGCCGGCCUCUAACCCAGGACCGUUGGCUGAGAGAGCCAUGUACGGCUUCGUCGUUUACAUUGCUUCAAUCGUGUUGUUUGCUACCUACCUUAUCUGGGCUCUCGUUCCUCAUGAAUGGCUUGGCCUUAUUGGCAUCACCUACUUACCACACAGGCACUGGGCAAUCACUGGGCCAUUUUUGUUGGUAUCUUUCACACUCUUAUGUUUCCUUGGCUACAUCCUCCAUCACUGGUCAGUUCUACUUCCCCUGACGUCGAUUUACCUAAUCAGAGAUGACUGUGUCGGAUGCCAAGAUGAGUUGCCUCCUGUCUCAGAAAACCGUCAACCGAUACAUUUCGAGUCAGUUACCCCUCCCGCCCAAGUUAUACCGCCAAUUUUUGACCUGGACCCUGUCCGUGUUACAGAACGUCUAUACCUUCGACCAAGAUGACUGUGAUCUUGCAUUCCUAUUGUCUGAUUUUUCUUACUCGCAACCUGUUUUGGAACUUAUCGUGACGUGCAAAGAGUGUGUGCUCGGUCUCAGAUGAAGCCCCUUCUACUUUCGUGUGCCUUGGAUGAUAGUACGUCCUGCAGCGACUUAGGAACUGUACCAGGCUACCAAAUGCCCCAUGCCUAGCGAAUAUGAUCACAAACUCGUCAUAGACGACGACAUCACUACCUACCAGGAUCAAAGUUACAUGGAUUAUUUUGACAUAUGGGUGAUUUGGAGGAUCAUACACAGUGCAAUUCAGUCGUUCAGCUGUGACACUUCCAGUACCUGGCUACCACGUUGCCCAAAGGAAGCACGAGGGUUGGGACACUGCCAGGUUACUUGGUUCUAGACAGAAGUCUAGGUGCAGAGAUCGGGUUCGAACCGGACCUUCCGGCCAGUAAGUUCGCCCUCUAACCACUUGAGCUAUCUCAUCCCAGUGGAAUUCAGAUACAUGCUCGUCAGUAUUGGUGGUCCGAUUUUCCAUUUGGCGCUUCUUACGACCAUACACUUGCUGAUGCCACUAUUUGCUGAUGGUGUGUACACCUAUU